AUGUUAGGAGGCAUGAGUGACGCUCUCGUUGAAAAGGUGGCUGAUAGAGCCAUUGGAUUGAUGUGGAAGAGAGCAAGAAAUAGAGUUGGAGAAUGGACUAAAUUUAUUCCAAAUGUUGAACCAUAUAUGAGAUUUAUUUCUCUUGGAGUUAGUGUUUUGGCACUGAUGGCUUCUGUCGGAUUGUUUUUGAUUUACUUUUUAAAAUCUGGAGCUGAUUUUUUGGAUAACAAUAUUUUCAAUUUAUAUGUUGCAAUUUAUUGUGCACUCUAUGCAUUCGUUCUACCAAUAUUGGAAGUUCCAAUCCCAUAUUUUCAAAGGAAGGUUCCAAUUCUCAAUAUUUAUCACAAGAAUUUUCUUGUUAGGGGAAUUGUCGUUAUUGUAAUGAGUAUUUUUGUGUGCUUUACUGUAAUUUCAGCACUGCCUGGAUUGGGAGGGUUAUUAGUUGGUCUUGCUUAUAUUUGCUUAUUAUAUCUAAGAGGAAUAGAACCUGCUUGGUUGUCUGAAAAGGAAGACGAAUCAGCUCAAUAUUCUCAAAUUAAUCAAGACGAUGACGAUGAUUUUUAA